AGAGAGUGGAAUAUACCGAUCUACGUGACGCGAACCACUCGCUUGCGAGUAACCACGCGAGUGACAGUGUCGCGUGCAAGGGUGGCCUUAAAUUUCGUUAAGGCUAUACACUCCGUCGUCUAGGAGGAACCGUCCAAUCUCUUAGUAUCAAAUUGAUGAGAUUAGCAGUCGUUCUCAGUGCGAUAGUGACAUUAGUUGUGUUCGUAUACCCGCUCUCUCAUUCGUGAUCAGGACAAUAAUAUAUUGACGGAUUCAUCAAUCAUCAAGCUAUCUCCUUGUCAUUCGUUGUAUCCUGUUGUGAUCAAACACAUGUUACUCAGAGUAUAACUACGCUUGAAAUCCAGCAAAUAAUUGAGAUGGCGAGCGUGGAUAGAGAUCUCGAGGAACUCAUGUCUCACCUGGGUGAAUUCGGCAAAUACCAAUUCCGGCAGUACUUACUUCACUUGCUUGCCGCGUUUACGGCCGGCCUGCACAUGCUGAGUCUACUGAUGGUCGCGGCAGUGCCGCCGCAUAAUUGCAACAUCCCACAAAUGAAUUUGUCAUCUUCCAUCGAGACACAUAACUUGACCUUUCCCGACCGGAAUACCUCGAUUGUUUUGGAGCAUCUUCCGCGUCCUCUCGACAGCUGCCACUAUUUAGAUCGUGACAACAUCACUCGAGAAUGCGACUCGUGGAUCUACGAUACGACAUACAUUCAGUCAUCACGCGCCAUGGAAUGGGACUUCGUAUGCUCGCGACGUUGGAUGGGUUCUGUGGCGCAAUCCUCCUACAUGUUCGGCGUGUUUGUUGGUGCAGCCACCCUAGGCACCAUGGCGGAUAAAUACGGCAGAAAGAUUAUAUUUUACAUAUCCAUCGUGGCGCAGCUAGUAUUCGGAGUAUCGGUGGCUCUUGUGAAUAAUUAUUACAUUUUUCUGAUGAUUCGCUUCUUGUACGGUAUCUUUGGCUCCGCCGGUGCUUACAUCACCGCGUUUGUAUUGACGAUGGAGUUAGUAGGUCCAUCCAAGAGAACGGUGUGCGGCGUGUUAAUGCAAUUGAUUUUUGCUGUAGGCUUUAUGGUAGUGGCCAUGUGGGGUGCUAUAAUUCAGGAUCGUAUGUGGCUGCAGAUCGUGUACGGAAUGCACAGCGCGCUUCUGCUCGGCCACUGGUGGUUGAUGGACGAAUCUCCCAGAUGGUUGUGGGCGCACGGUCGCGUUGCCGAAGCGAUCAUCAUCGUGCAGAGGGGUUUAAAAAUAAAUGGCAGCGAUGUACAGGUGGACGCGGCCAAGCUUAUUAGCAAAUCAAAAGCGCAGCAUGAAAUCAAAAAGGAAAAAUCGUAUGGCGCACUGGAUCUUCUCAAGACGCCGAAUCUCCGUAAAAAGACUCUCAAUAUAUGUUUCAAUUGGUUCGCCAAUUCGAUCGCCUAUUACGGACUGACGCUCAAUAUGGGCAACCUUCUCAGUAAUCCAUUCCUCACGCUAUUCCUCAACGCCGUAAUGGAGGCACCAGCCUCCAUCUUCGUAAUAUUUGUUCUGGACCGGACUGGCAGGAGAGGUCUAAUUAGCGCAUGCAUGAUGAUCGGUGGUGUAUGCUGCAUCUUUGCCGCCGGCAUUACUGGCACGACCGGUAAAUUGGCGAAUAUUAUCAGAAUUACGAUAGUGCUGGUGGGCAAGUCCUGCGUGGCCGGCUCGUUCGCCGCCGUGUACAAUUACACGGCUGAGCUAUUUCCCACAGUGGUGAGAAACACCGCGGUUGGUAUCGGUUCCAUGUGCGCGCGUCUCAGCAGCACGCUCACGCCGAUGAUCUUUUUGCUGGAUUCAUUGGAUCCACGAAUGCCAACCGCGCUCUUCGGGUUCGUCGUUCUGACGGCGGGCUAUUUGGCACUCUACCUACCAGAAACGCUGAACCAGCCGAUGCCGGAGACCAUGGAAGACGGCGAAAACUUCGGUAAAGGCGAUACCUGUUUCACCACCUGCAUGGGCGGUAGAACGAAAAUCGCCACGAACGAUACCGUGAUGGAGCAAAUACAAGAAGAUGAGAAGGAAAACUUUAAUAAUAAAUAAAGUGUACUGUCGCUAAUAAAAAAUUUAUAAGGUGCCUUCGAUUAGUUCUUAUGAUUACAUCGCGGAGUUAAAAAAAAGACGAAAAGAUGUUUACUGACUACGUAACAUGAAAUUACUGGUAUUAAAGAUACCAAUUAGACUUUUUUUUUAAAUUCUAAUUUUAUAAU